AAAUAUUAGGCGAUGUUUGUUACGGAAUCUAGUUGAUAGGCAAUCGACUAGCCGGACUGUUCCCCGGGACUCCAGUUGUUGCCAUUCGUACAAUGCACAAACAAGGCUAUUGAACCUGACAUUGGUGUCUGUCGUUAUUCCUUUAUCUAACAUAUCAUACUGAAACAUGGUAUCAGAAGUGGCUCGGAAAACACACGUUUGUUAUUUUUGUAGCUAAGUACAGUAUAGGCGCAGUUACGUUCCAUAUGCGAACACAUGCCGUUUCCUACUCACAACACUGAUCAACUCGUUGUUAGCUGCCUAGCUAGCAUCACUACCUACGUCGAUGACUGAAGGCAAAGAAAUCUCAUAUUCCAUUGCUAUGGCAGCGAACAUUCCGCCACCAAAUCCCAUGGUUCUCACAGGGGACUGGAAUACUAAUUGGGACAACUUCAGGGAUGAAUUCGAGGACUAUGCGCUGGCGACCGGUCUACAUGAGAAACCCAACGAGGUACAAGCGGCAACUCUGAGGAGUUUAAUGGGCAGCGAAUGCAGGCAUAUCUACCGGCACAAUCUCACCCUCACAGCACGUCAACAGUGUGAUGCAAAGGCUAUAUUGGAUGCAUUGAAGAAUUACUUCAAACCCGCCAGAAACGUAAUUUAUGAGCGGUUCGUUUUCGGAAGCUGUAAACAGGAAGAAGGCUCUACAUGCGAACGCCUGGGACUGAUGCAGUUCACUGUACCAAAUGACCUGCACAUUGUGGAUCAUGUCCAGCAUGGACCCCUGUCCAAAGAACAACUACUCAGCAGAUAUGACGAUGUAUUCAACAUGCCUGUUGAAUCUGUGCCUGGGGAGGUACACUUUGAAGUGGAUGAGAGCAUCACUCCAGUCCAGUGUGCUCCUCGCAAUGUGCCCAUUGCAAUGAAAGUGGCUGUGAAGGCCCAGCUGGACAAGUAUGAGGCCGAUGGCCACAUGACAUCUGUGACUGAACCAACUGACUGGAUCAGCAAUAUGGUCAUAGUGAAAAAACCAGAGAAGCUGAGGGUCUGCAUCGACCCAAAGCAUCUGAACCAAGCACUGAAACGAUCCCACUACAUCAUGCCGACACUAGAGCAUGUCCUCUAUAAGCUUCCCAAGGCCAGGACUUUCACCUUGGUGGAUGCCCGAGAUGCAUUCCUGCAAUGCAAGCUGGAUGAAGAAAGCAGCCUCAUGACUACCUUCUGGACCCCCCGGGGUCGGAAACGCUGGCUCAAGCUCCCGUUUGGUGUCUCGGUGGAGCCUGAGAUACACCAACGUAAGCAGCACGAGUUACUGGCUGGGCUCAAGGGCAUUGAACCCAUCGCAGAUGAUGUCCUGAUCGUAGGCUGUGGUGACACAGAUGAAGAAGCAGUACGCGACCACGAUGUGAAGCUCCUGGCACUGAUGGAGCGCUGCAGAUCAGUUAAGCUUCGCCUUGGCCUGAAGAAGCUGCAGUUCAAGGUGAAAGACGUCCACUUCCAUGGCCACAUUCUCUCGGCAAAAGGCCUGAAGCCGGACCCAGACAAGGUCAGAGCGAUCCUCGACAUGCCAAACCCGUCUGAUGCAAAAGGAGUACAGCGUCUCAUCGGCUUUGCAAACUAUCAGCAGUCUGUGAGCCUCUGCGCCGGUUGCUGGACAAAGACACACCAUGGCACUGGCUACCCAAGCACGAGGCUGCAGUGCAGGAGAUGAAAUCUC